AUGAAACUAUUUGGAUCAAACCAGUCAUUCUUUGAUCAAGAAAGAAAAAGAGUAGAGAAACUUAUCAAGACUCCAUUAUUAGAAUUGGUACUAGAAUACCUCCCACAUCUUCAAUUGACUGUUCAGGAACAAGAUGACUGCUGGGAAAUCAUUGCCAUCAAAUUAAAUGAUAUUCAAUUCAAAGAAAAGAUCAAACAGAAUAUUAAAGACAUGGAAGAAUUACCCACAUUAAGUGGAGCUUUUGUCAAAGAACUUUUUUUUACUAUUAUGAAAGAAUUUCAAAAGGCAGUAUACUAUUUUAAUAUGGAAAAUAAAAUAUAUAGAGCAGAAAUAGCUAAUCCACAUAGUCAGCAAAGUACUAUGUUUUUUGCUUUCCAACUACCUGUCAAAGAUGCAUAUACUGAAAGAGAUGAUAUCAUAUGUUGUGAAUUGUUCUAUUUGAAAGCUUUAGAUGUUGAAACAAAAGCCAAAUUAGCAAAAGAAAGAUUUUAUAAUAAUGUAAAGAAUGGCGUUGAUUUCACCAAACAAGAACUUGAAAGAACCAAAGUUGACCUGGACAGUGGAAGAUUGAAUGAAGCUCUUGAAGAGUUGAAAAGGUUGCAUAAAAAGAUUGAAAACCUAGAUAGGGAAAAUAAAAGGUUGAUGGAAUUAAAUCAGAGUUUACUCGAAGACAUGAACAGACAUUGA